CCUAGAUGUCGCUCUCUCUUGGAAGGUUAUCAGUGGCUCUCAUCUCGCUUCUUCAAUUCGCGAGCGCAGCGGACCAUAGCGUGUUGGAUGCGCAACAUUGGAACAAACUCAAGACCGGGACACCUUUAGCAUGGCCAGCGUUGCGUUUCCACUUCAGUACCAAGCAAGACACGAUGAAAGUUUACGGGAUGACUACUUUCGAUGCGUACGCCAACCCAAUAGUCCUGGAUAAUAACAAGAACGUACUCUACGAUGUCUACGCCACCGUCACGAACUCCAAGGGCGUGCAUAAUUACACGCUCGUGAAUGGCGUCGCGUACUCAGAGACUACUCCGUUCACGACCGGCAGCUCGUCAAGUGCCCCCACCCCGUUAGUUUCCUGCGUGGACGCCGAGUUUGACAAGCUUCCAGCAGUCAACUCGGUUGUUGCGGCUGCUAAUGAAGCGAAGCCUGGAAAUAGCAGCACCGGUACUGCGUGUACGACAGGGAGUUCCUACACUACUGCGAUGAAAGGAAUCGACUACACGGUGUGUGUUUCAGGCACUACGGGCUUCACGUUCCAAGGCCGCGAUAUGGACGUCUCGGUCGAGUAUUUGGAGAAUCAUAUCGACAUUCAACCUCCGACGAUGAACUCUACGGAGAAAUGCAAUUCCCAGGCUUCGUCCACGUCCACGACACCGCUUGGCCACGCCCUACUCACAGGAGCGCCACUACCCAAAGACACAAAGAGAAAGUUGAAAGCUGCGUUCAAUUUUGGCCUCUCAUUGGAUAAAAUGUCGAAGUGUUCCUGCCAAUCAACACCGCGUCCGUGCAUUUUCAUCCACCGGAAAUGCCCGAAAACCAAGACGAGUUCCCCAAAUACUGGGGCAACUUAACAGCCCACACUCCGUGUUGCUCUUCGCUAAAGUACGCGAGACUGGAUACGAUCCAUAACGCCUGGACAGACGCAACUCUGCAAGAAAAAGUGUGCGCCCGAGCUCUCGCCGUCAGCGAGUCGAGCACAAAAACUACCGUCGCCGACACAAUUAUUGUCACACACUCAAUGGGUAACCUCAUGUUCGCUGGCGCUCUUGCUAAUGGACGAUGCCAACUCGACUCCAGCUCGACGUGGGUGGGUCUGGCAGGGCCGAUGAAGGGCAGUAUGGCUUCCGAUUUCGUCCAAGACUCGUGUUCAGGAAAGACGAACGUUGUCCUCGAGAAAUUUGGACAAGUAACGGGCAAAUGUCCCCCUCAACCGUCGAUAAAGUCUUUGGCGUAUGAAGGUGGGAGCUACAGCUCUAAGAAGCUGGAUGCUGCGUACAAGGCAGCACAGAGGGCGUACAGAGAGAAUGUAUACGCGCUUAGUUGCGGAGAAGGUUUCUCCGGAUUGUUGUCAAGUUAUCAAGCGAAAUUUUGGUUGCUAGGCAACGUGGUGCCUCAUAAGUCCGAGAAGAACGAUGGCAUGGUUGAGUUCCAGAGCUGCGCCGUCGGGUUUCCCGAAUCAAAGUUUGGCAACACAUAUCGCGACCGUUUCUACAGGAACAAGCUCAACCAUUUCGACAUGCAGUUCCUUGCUGGCGACUCGACGUUGAAUAAGGCCAAGAUGCCAGUCAAGUGGUUUGAAUGUCUGUUGUAA